ACAAAUUUGUGGCUUAGCACUCAAAUACUGCCUUUCUGUGGGGUCACUUGAAUAAAAAUAACAGCAGAGUUCACUAACACCAAGGAAUUAGUCAAACAUGAGUUGUAUUUACUCGAUCGAGGGAGAUUGGCAUAGGAUACAGGGAAAGGCAACUUGUUCAAAAAAACUCUAUAUCCUUCCCGCUCCUUCUCCCCGCUCCUCUUCCGUUGACGCUCCUACCCCAUGUUCCUCCUCCGAUAGCUUCCUUGUCUAUGGCCGCCCGUCUCACUCCAUCUAUAUCCACUCAAACCUAUGGCCGACUGGCUGAUCGGAGAAGAUGUUGAAAUGAAGCUUUCUCUGGUGCUGUAAGCUUAUUUGCAGUUCAGCUCCGUUUGUCUUUUGCACAUGCUUAAGAUUUUAUUAUGCGGUUGUUGAAGUUAUAGCCGUGCAUUUCCUUGUCCAUACACAACAAAUCUGUUGAAUAUGAUGAAAGAAAUUAAGGAAAACUCUGAACUAGCACAGCUAGAUGGAAGUAAUGCUUCUGCUACUAUUACUGUUGGUGUUCGGCGCAAAAGAAGAGCAGUGCUCAAGGAUGUUACUAACAUGUCCUGUGAGAGUAAUAAUUCGGGGUACUUGCAUGCUUCUAAAGUUCAGGUUCAACAGGUUUCACAGACCGAAUCACUUGAAGAUUCAUCCAUUAUAGGGAUGGUAGAAUCACAACGUAGCUCUCCAGCGAUGAAGUCAGACAAAAAAGAGACAAAGCAGGAGAAUAAGUUUCAGAGUGUCAUAGGAUGCAGAAAUUGUGCGUCUCCCCUGCCUUCAGGAUCAAAUGAACACCAAAUGAAAGAUGAGGCUGCGGUUUGUGAGAAAUUAAACCAUCUCGGUACUUUGGAUGCUGUCUCAAACUCAGAGGAUCCUCAAGCAUGCACCCUAUACGCCCAUAAUAUAUAUGAUACUAAUCGUGUAAUAGAGCUUGAUCAAAGGCCUUCGACUAAUUAUAUGGAAAAGUUACAGAAAUAUAUCACUCCAAUCAUGCGAGGGAUUCUAAUCGAUUGGCUUGUGGAGGUUUCUGAUGAAUAUAAAUUGAUCUCUGACACGCUUUACCUCACUGUAAAUCUCAUCGAUCGGUUUCUCUCUCAAAGCUGCAUUGAGAGGCAUAAAUUACAACUUCUUGGCGUUACUUGCAUGUUAGUUGCCUCUAAAUAUGAAGAAGUCUGUGCACCAUUCGUGGAAGAGUUUUGCUUCAUCACAGACAACACCUAUGCGAGAGAAGAGGUACUAAAAAUGGAGGGUGAAGUUCUGAACGUGCUUAAUUUUCAGCUGUCGGUUCCCACUACAAAAACAUUUCUCAGGAGAUUUGUGCAGGUAGCACAGGCUUCUUGCAAGGAAUCUUGUGUGGAGUUGGAGCAUUUAACAAAUUAUCUAGCAGAGUUGACUCUUGGAGAGUACAGCUUCCUCAGGUUUCUGCCUUCAGCAGUAGCUGCAUCAGUUGUGUUCUUAGCUAGAUGGAUUCUGCACCAACCAAAUCAACCAUGGAACUCGGCUCUGGAGCAUUAUACCAAUUACAAUGCCUCUCAGCUAAAAACUCCUGUACUUGCCUUGGAAGAUCUAAGGUUGAACUCCACAAGUUGCGGUUUAAACGCCGUCUUCCAGAAGUAUAGACAACAUAAGUUUGGAAGUGUGGCAACUUUAGCCUCCACAAAAUCAGUUCUCUCAGCCUUCCCAAACCAGACAGAUAACCUGAAUUCCAGGGACAUUUGAGACAUUUCCUAACCAACCACACCCUAAAAACCGCAACCCUCCACUUCUCAAAAUCAGUGGUUAAGAAAAAAAAAAAAUAAUAAUAAUAAUAAUAAUAAUAAUAAUAAUAAAAUAAUUGUGUCUAUGCAAAUUUUAAAACAAGGAAACAGGGUAUCUCUCUACCUUCCUACUAGUCCUAAAGUCCAAGUGUUUGGUUAACAUCAUAGUUUUGGAAGAAAGUGAGUAAAACAAACAGAGUGAUGGACAAGCAAACAUCAUAUGAUUAUUAAAAGACAAUUGGUGUCCCCACUUUCAUGACCACACAAAAAGAAAAGAAAAAAAAAUAUAUCAUCAUAUUUACUCA